AGUUUGAAUUGGAGGAAGUUGCAGUUGAUUAAAAUUUAUUCUUGAAAUAACAACUUUAAAGAAAUCCCAACGCCAACAGCUACAAAAAAUUUAAGAUUUUAGGCUAAAAUGCGCAAUUUAGCGCGGUAACUUGUGUCUUUAUAAUAUUAACCCGCAAGAACAUGAACCACCCGCAAUGGCCUAAAGAAUAUGAGCUUUCCGAAAAGAAAAUGCUGGACUUUUUUGAAGAAAUUGGUUGUUGUGUUGAUUUUUGCAUGUGUUUGCAAGUCUUUAUUAAAUUUUCUAUGUUUUGAUGGCGAAUGUGAUGACAACGAAAGCCAGAAAAACGCCUUCUCGUUAUUGAGCGAUGUUGUUUUGGAAGCAAACAGGUUGACAAUUGUCGAGAAUGAAAAAACUCGGUUUUCUGAGACGGUAAUUUCACCAUCUAUUUUCAAAUGGACGACAGAAUCAAAUUUACGCAAUAAAGUGCUCAAUGUUACUGCAAAGUUGCUUUCCAUGCAGAUGAAGUCAUUAGAUUUAUGUCCAUCACAAGAUGACUUCUUGAAAAAUGGAACUUUGAUGACUGGCAAAAAAAGUUUUGGGAAAAAAAAAUUUCUCUCUGUUGGCAUCCCAAGUAUUUCAAGAAAAAGAAAGUCUUAUCUUGAGACGAGUCUCACCAGCAUCAUAGAAGCAAUUGCUAACAGAAAACAAAAUAAUAUUACAAUAGUUGUAUUUCUGGCAGAUCGUUAUCGCAGCGUAAAAGAACAACAAUUAAAGAAACUUAUCAAUAAGUUUGGAAACCAAAUUUCUUCAGGAAUGUUACAAAUUAUAGAGGCACCUGAUGAAUAUUAUGCACCUCUUCACAAUCUCCAUCGAAGUCUUGGGGAUAAGAUGAACAGAGUUCUGUGGAGAUCAAAGCAAGCUUUAGAUUAUGUCUACCUAAUGUGUUUUUGUUCAUACAUUUCGGAUUAUUAUCUUCAGCUGGAGGAUGAUGUCACAGCAAGCCCAAGAUUCCUUUCCAAAAUUGAAGACUUCAUUCAUUCACAGAAAACCAGUUGGAUCUCUCUCAAUGUGGCUUUACUUGGCUAUAUAGGUAAACUAUAUCCAAGAAAGGAAGUUCAGAAUCUUGCUUCAUAUCUCAAGUUGUUUUAUGAUGAGAUGCCAGUUGAUUGGUUGGAACCACGUUGGAAAGAUUACAGAGGGCAAGACCCGGCUACAACUCCAGUUAUAGCUGCAUCAUUGUUCCAACAUAUUGGUCGUGUAUCAUCAUUUCAAUAUAAAGAGUGGCAAAGGCCAAAUACUUUGAAGGAAAAAAUAUUUGAUAGGUUUGAUCACAAGUAUGCAGGCCUCAACCCCCCUGCUAUAAUAUCAACUGAUCUCACUCCCAUAAGUGGCCAACCUUCAGAUGCCUACAACAAAGGCAUUGGCUUUUUUCAUGCCCACUUUGCGUCUGCUGGUAAUAAGAUGUAUAUGAUCUUAUUGAAGAGGGAGACUAAACUAGCGCGGGUUGCAGUAGAAACUGGGGCGAAUUUUUCUCGACGCGAUGUCAUAGUGACGGCGUCACUAGAGAUCAGUAAUGUCGUGGGGCCAAUGUCAAGAUGUGAGGAUUAUCAAAAGGUCGGGGAGUUUCAUUUUGGCAGAGUUGAUGUGCCUUUGAAUGGUGUGAAGGUUCGAUGUAUUCGCAUAAAUAUAAUUUAUCAAGGAUUGUGGAUUUAUUUAAGAGAAAUUAAUGUAUGGCCACAGUAAUUUCCAUAGCUAUAUGUUAAUCACUGCCAUCGUCAACCAAUCCUUCAACUUUUUCCCAUCUCAUAUUUGAAUUGUCUUUAGUCGCAUGUCUAUUUUCUAUUUAAAAUGAGCUGGUUCACCACUUUUGAUAGUUGUAAACUGAAGAUACUUUUAAGAAAUGUUGUAGAUGUAAUGGUAAACUAUACUUAAUUUAAACACCUCUGUUUAUUUUUUACUUGUAAGUAUAUUUAAUGAUAGAAUUCAACGAAAAUACAACACAAGAUGUAAAUUUGAUAAAUGAGAUAAAAGUAAAAUUACAAACAAUAAAAAAA